AUGAUGUUAAGGAUGAAAUUCUGCACUUAGCGCUAGUGUCCUCGACUUUUCCAAGUGACGCUCAAGCACACUUUUGCGCACCUCGCCAGUGCAGUGGCUUGAAAGCCUCUGCACGUCUGCUGAAUGGUCAUCAAGCAUGGCAGCUUCGGCGUGUUAUGCCUGCAGCUGGCGGUGGUGGCAACCGCGGUGAAGCUGCUGCUGCUGCCCACGUACCGCAGCACCGACUUCGAGGUGCACCGCAACUGGCUGGCCAUCACGCACAGCCUGCCGCUUUCGAAAUGGUACGUGGAUGCCACCAGUGUGUGGACGCUGGACUACCCACCCCUGUUCGCCUGGUUCGAGUGGGCGCUGUCGCAGGCGGCGGCGGCGGUGGAUCCAGCCAUGCUGCGUGUGGUCAACUUGGAUCACGACAGCGCCGCAACAGUGGCGUUCCAGCGCGGCUCGGUCAUUGUGACGGACCUAGUCCUGCUGCUGGCGGCAUUUUGGCUGGCCAGGGACGUGGCCGCAACCGGCGUGGCGAGUGGCGGCGGUGGUGGCAGCGGCAUCUUCAGCGGGCCGGCCAGCAGCGGCAGCAGGGCCGCGCCGCCCCGCAGCACCAGCUUCAGCGGCCUGCCGGUUGACAGCAGGUCCUCCGCCGCGGCGCUGGCAGGCCGGCGUGGCGUGGCGCUGUUUGCGCUGCUGGCUCUGAACGCGGGGCUGCUGCUGGUGGACCACAUCCACUUCCAGUACAACGGCGCCAUGAUGGGCGUGCUGCUGCUGUCGCUCGCUGCCGCCCGCACCGGCCGCCACCUACUGUCCGGGGUCCUGUUCGCCGUGCUGCUCAACAUGAAGCAUCUCUUCCUCUUCGCCGCACCCGUCUAUUUCGUGUACCUGCUGCGGCACUACUGCUUUGAGACUACUGGCGGCAGCAGUAGCAGUGGCAGCAGUGGCGCUCAGGGGAACUGGGCGGCUCGCGGCCUGACCCGGCUGGCGGUGCUGGGCGCGGCCGUCAUCGCCGUGUUUGCAGCCUCGUUCGGCCCCUUCGUGGCGCUGGGCCAAAUUCCACAGGUGUUCGGCCGGCUGUUCCCGUUCGGGCGCGGCCUGCUGCACGCCUAUUGGGCUGCCAACGCCUGGGCGCCCUACGCCGCCGCCGACAAGCUGCUGGUGCUGGCGGCGCCGGCGCUGAACCGGCAGCUGGGCUGGGCGGCGCUGCGAGUGGACGCGGAGGCGGUGGGCAGCGCCAACCUGGCGGGAGGGCUGGUCAAGGUGCAGCGCUUCGCUGUGCUGCCGCAGAUCACGCCAUCCAUCACUGCCGCCGCCGUGCUGAUGGCUCUGGUGCCCUGCCUGGUGGGGCUGUGGCGGCUGGGGAGAGCCGCGGGCCAUGUCGCGGUGGGGCCGGGCGCUGCGCCGGCCAGCUCACGGCAGCACGUGCGGCGCGUGUUCGCCCGGGCGCUGGCCUACAGCUGCCUGUGCGGCUUCGUGUUCGGGUGGCACGUGCACGAGAAGGCUAUCAUUGUGGCGCUGCUGCCGCUGGCGGUGGACGCAGUAUGCAGCCGGCUGGCCGCCCGCCGCUUCCUGGUGCUGUCCACCGCCGGGCACUACGGCCUGCUGCCGCUGCUGUUCCGGCCAGAGGAGUACGGCACCAAGGUCCUGCUGGUGGCGUCGUACUUUGCCGUGGCCGCUACCGCACUGGGCGCCUUACAUGGAGACGCUGCAUCGCCACAUGCGCGGGCUGCAAGAACAGGGGGCAAGCGCAAUGCAGGACUGGCACUUGGGUGGCUGCAGAGAGCCUACUUGGUCGGCUUCGUUGCAGUAGAGCUGUACUGCUCUGUGGUGCACGAGCGCGUUCCUGCGCUGCGGGAGCGGCUGCCGUUUGCGCCACUGAUGCUGACCUCGGUGUACUGCAGUCUAGGCGUGCUGGGCGUUUGGGGAGACAUAGCAUUUGAGUGGUCUGGAGAGGCGUUGGGGUAUCCCUCCCGCUCCUCCUUUGGUGCGGACACCUGAGAGACGGGUACCAUUUUUUUGGGUGAGCACCCCGAUUCAGGGGGGGGUGGGGGACGAAGCCCCCCAGGCACACCCCUGUCCGUGCGUGCAUGCGUGGGUGGGCACCAAACCCACUACUGGCGCAAACCGCGAGUGGCAUAGAUUCAUAUUUGGUAACAGGAUCAGCUAUCAUUGAGGUAGACGCUUGCGGCUGCAGACUGGAGACGUGGCGUGGGCUCAGCCCACGUUUCCCUUGCGAGGGAAAGCC